AUGUCUACUAAAUUACCAGAAUCUGUUACCAAGUUGUUAAAUUCGACUAGAUAUGUCCACUUGGCAACUUGUUUAGAUAACAUUCCCCAUGUGUCGUUGAUGAAUUAUACGUACUACCAUAGCAAUGCGGAUUACAUUAUCAUGACUACACCUAAAGGAACGACAAAAUACGAAAAUAUGGUGGCAAAUCCAAACGUUUCGUUGUUGUUACACGAUUGGAUGGCCGCAAAGACCACCUCUGAAGACUCUAGUGAAGGUACAGGGAAAAGGAGAAAUUCAUUGUAUGAAUUCUUGACAAAUUUAAACAAAACAGAAAUUAGCAGAGUUUCAGUGAUGAUUAAUGGUAAGGCUGAAGAGAUACCAGUUAAUGCAGAAAACUAUACAUUUUUCAAGUCCUUGCACUUGAAUAAUAGCUCAAUUGAUGAAGUUCAAGCAGAAAACUAUAUUAAGGACGACAAUACUGCGCUCUUCAUUAUCAAAAUUGACCUUUGUAAGGUCACAGACACCGAAAACAAUGUCGAAGAAUAUUAA